AUGUAUAUUUUCUUUUUAAUUGCAUCCAAUACACCGGAUAAUAUAGAAAUUGACGGAGAAAUUAUUACAAUGCCUCCUCCAGAUAUGAUAGGCUAUGGAAAGAAAAAUCCAUUCAUGGACAAAAUGAAAGAAAUUAUCAAAUCAAAAGACCAAGAAAAAAUCAAAAAGAUGCUAGCAAACUUUGUUAAAAUUGAAGAUCCUAUACCAUUACGUACUGAAGAUGAAAAAGAGUCUAAACCUCUUGAAGAUUGCGGUGUUGCAAACACAAUUCGUCUUGAUGAUGGAAAAUGCAUAUGCAAAGAUGGUUACAUAUCUGAUGAUAGUAUUUUGACAAGAGGGUGCUGGUCUUGUGACCAUUGUUCUCCUAAUGCAACUUGCGAAUAUCCUGGAGAGUGCAAAUGCCAACAUGGGCUAGUAGGUGAUGGUAAUACAUGCUAUGCACCCAAACCAUUUGUAUAUAAUGCAACAAUUAAUCGAGAUAAAAUACUUGCAACUUUUCAAACCCCCUUAGAAUAUCAUAUCUCCGAAACAUAUUGUCGUUUUGGUAUCUACGAAUCUCAAGGAAAUAUUAUAAAUACAAAUACUGUUGAAUGUAUUUGUUCCCUUGAAACGAAACCUUCAACAAUUACCAUCUCAUUCGAUAGACAGCAAUGGUCAAAUCCAGUUACUCUUGUAGAUAUUUCUCCAAAGUUCCCGUGGAAGAAAGUUUCUUUAAUCUUUGCUUUUGUUGUAGUUGCAUUAGGAAUAUUCGCUUACAUAGGUUCAACGAGAAAGAGAGAAACGAAGUCCGACUCAUUAACUCCAUUUCUGGCAAAGGAUCCUAAAAAUACUUAUCAGAGUACUAGAAGACGUGAUAUUUAG